AUGGCCUCUUUUGAUUUGGAAGAACUUGUUGAUUUUAUCAGACACCAAUGUAUAAUUAAUGCUGAUGAUGAUCGAUGCAAGAAGAUAUUGCAACCACCUUCAAGGAAAGCGAAACCUGGUGGUUUACCAUUGAAUUUUCGUUCUGCAGCUGAUUCUGAUACGAGUAGUGGGGAGUAUUCUCCAUGUUAUUUGGCUACUGCCAAUUGCGAAUCGACUUACGAACUGAUACAAGAAGAACUACGUUCAAAAAUUCAGAAAAAUGACUUAUUAGAUUUAGAUGAUGAAGAUAAAGCGGUGGAAAGCAAGGCAAUGGAUGCGCGACCAAGUACAUCAAAUUUGGAAUUUUUUCGAUGCACGGAUAUAUCCAGUAUUCCAUUACCAUUUCCAAUGAAAAAGUCUGUUACUGAAUUACUUUUGGAAAAAACGGAUUUCCUGAUCAGGUCUGAUCUAGCAUCGUAUGCAAGGUUUGCUGCCCCGGAUAUUGAAAAUGGUCGAAAACUAUUAGUUUUUUAUCCUUUUGCGGAAUUUGAAUCAAAUGAUGGCAAAUGCUUCUCACUAACUAUCUAUGCCCAAUGUGAAAUUUGUAUUUCGGAUCUCAUUGGUUUAUGUUGCUAUGAAUAUGCACGGUGUCGAAAAACAAAUAACAUAGGAUAUGUAUUCCGACUUUUAUUAAUUAAUAUGCAAAGUAUUCGAUCUGUUACGCAUUACCAUUUGUUGAUGGCCGAAGAAAAUGGUGAAGUGGAUCGAGACCUACCCCCAAUUGAUGGCCAUCGUCUACUAAAUGAGCUUGGCUCGUGUUGGUCAACGAUUGCUUUGGAGAAACGACGAAGUGUCAACUGUUCACAAAUGACAAAUGUUACCGUGUAUACCGUAAGUGGUAAACAGUAUGAAUUUUUAAUGGAUUCAUUGGAUGUACCUCUACGAUGGCUUCGUGAUCAAGCUGUCAAAAAACGCAUCGAGGAUGAAGGCCCACAGUUCUUGAGUGAUUGCCCAGCAUUGAGAGAGUAUGUUUUGGAAGCCGUGAAACAACCUGGCGUUGUGUUGGAUCUUAAUAAGCCAAUAUCUAGUACGACCUGUUUGGAAUUUCUACUGCUGCGCAUCAAUAGUUCUCGAGGUGAUUUUUCUCUAUCACGUUGUUCGGGUUUUGCUCAAGAAUAUGAUCCAACUUCAAAAAUUCAUGGCGGUUUCCAAAGUUCAUCACUUGAACGACAGCAAUGUUCCACGUCAUUUAUUGAUACCAAAGAUUUGUUAGAUAAUUCGACUGAAUGUUAUUUGGUAAAAAAGAUACAUCGAUACAAACCCAAAUGGAAUGCUUUAUUAACUAUUCGAAGGGAUGGUUUUGAAUUAGCACCAAGGCAUUUGGGUCGAACAAAGAAUUCCAUAUUCCUGAAUUCUUCACUGAAAAUUUUAUAUGUGACAUGGGAUCACGUUGGUGGAGUUGAAAUCAUUGAUUGCUCAAAUUUAAAACGAAGAGUGAGAAUUGUUUGGUUAGCAUAUCGGACAAUACAACAUAAGCCAAAGAUAUUAAAAAUGAGCGAAUUAGCUACUAGCACGCAUGAUUCGACAUUAGGUUCCGAGUCAGAUAGAUCAACUGAAAAUGAUGAACUAUCAAGGCGAAAGAUGUACAAUGAUGCAUACUGGAAAAUAUUACAGUUAGAAGCACAUGUCGAUGAUGCUUGGAAUAUUACAGCGAAGAUAAGUACCAUAAUCAAUGAAAUAAAUUCAGUGGUUCGUCAAAUUUAUAAAUAUUCAAAUGAUGGGUCCAAGAAACCAAAGAAAGCAGCUUCAAAAGCGUUUGGUAGUGAUGCUGGUGCACAAUUCAAAGAACGAAAUAGCCCUACUAGUCCUCCGGUCCACGGGAUAUCACAGUUGACUUCCUCCGUGACGAGCGCUUUACCUGCAUUAUUGAGGCUGUUGUGGAAGCAUAAUUAA